AGACACAUAAUUAUACAAAAACUAAACAUAAUCAUGCAUGGGUUAACAUGUACAUGAAAAACAGUAUUAUACACUUUUCUUCAGUGUAGCGUGACUAUAUCUUAUCUUUACUGACGAACACGUGACACAAGUGCGUCUAAACAAAGCAUAUAGCCUUUUGUUGGUUUAUUAACAGACGAGUGAGACGAAUUAUCUCUUAUUUUAUAAUUUUACAAAAUUAUACUUUUCACCGACGUUUGUGUGCUAUUAGGGACGCGAACGCGACGACGAUGGCUAUCAAUACAAUGGGUCAUUGAAAAGAAAUGAAUAAUUAAAGAUCCAUGAUGGGUUUUAGACGUCGUCUUCGUUCUGUUUGCAAAUGGAAAAACGUCGUUUUUUACGUCUUCCUACAACGGUUGCAUUUCAGGCCCAGCGAGCCCUGCUUCGAAUUAGGCUUUAUAGAAUUGUCCUUAAACAUAAACACAAUGUUUUUAACGCCUUUCGAUCUCACUGAAUCGGUACAAUUAAUAAUAUAAAACAACCACUUUGCCAAAGCAUUUAUUUAAAGGAGAAUUUCAGCCGCGUCAUCGUCGUGUUGCCGUGCUACAUUCUCCCUAUUAUAUACCGACCGACGUCGCGUCAAGCGACUCUGCACCUUACCAAAACUGGGGGAGUAGCACCUGCACGUUACGUCUCUGCCUUUUUCACUGGAUGGAUAGAAAAAUGUACAUGAACUUUCAUGAUUUUGCAUAACGAAUUCUGUAUCGAUUGCUUGAAAAUCUCAUUUGCAGUGCAAGAAAAAUUUUGCAUUCCAUAUUUCCAAAUUAAUUAUCCUAGUAUUAUGUCGGUCGAACAAUUAUUUAUAUACUUUUCUUAUUAUAGGAAGACUCUUAGAAACUAAGAUACUUAAAAUAUGUUUCUUGCAAUAAAUCUUCGUUUCCUCGUCAACCUGGUUGCCCGAAGCAUUCUUUGGGUAGCCAUUCAACAUGUCCACUCUAGUGAAGGUUUGGAUUUCUGUUUUAAUUCCACUCUUGAAGGAUACAGGCUAGACGCAAGAAUAUUGAAGACACAGCAUGCCCCGACAUGGAUUAAUUGCGUAGUUGAAUGUGUGAAGGAGCCAUGUUGUAGAUCAAUCAACUACAAUAAAACAUUUGACUUGAAUGAAGAACCAAAUUGUGAAAUGUUACAUAACCUGGUUUACAACACAUCUGACAAAAUAUUGCAGUUAAACCCAUCUUUUGGUUAUAUUUAUCUGCUUCAACCUGAAAAGGAUUUUCGAACAAGGUGUAUCACAGGUAUUCUUAAGAGAUAGGCCUAAGAAAAACGUCAUCCUUAGCAGAGAUUUUUACAAUUAUAAUAACUGUAGAUAAUGAACCAGUAGAGCAAAGCUGCACCCCACCACACCCUACAAGUUUGCCCUGUGACGUGAAUCCUAAUCUUUAAAUGCCUGCCGUGCGUCAGCAUCGUUGGUCAGCAUACCAAAACAAAACUAGACACAUUAAACUGAGGCUUAGCUAGGAAUAUGUUGAAAAUUGAAAUUUGAUUGCCCUAGCUCUUGAAUAAAGCGAACAAAGGGUACAUAUGUUGCUGAAACCCAUAAUUAUACCAUUGCAAUAUAUACAUUCACCGGUUCCCUUACCUUUUCUGGCAAUUUCUCUCUUUUUCUAAAAGGUAAAUCCAUUUCUCUACACUUUAUUUUCGUUUAUCAUCCAGAUCACAUGCGAUGGAUUUUUAUAUUUUCAGCAAAAUAAUU